AUGAUUGAAAGAUCAUGGAAAGAUUCGUACAACACGCUGCUUAAGUGUGCGCGAACCAAUGUUGCAACUCCUUCCAUGAAGUCAUUGAGCAUUUCAAGAAGUCGACGUCGCAUCCACACAACACCAUCAUCAUCACCCCCGCCAGCUCGUCCCCUCGUUGGCCUCGGAGUAUUUAUUCUGCACCCCACUCACCCACUCUCUACUCACUCAAACCCCAUGUACCUCUUAGGUCACCGCAUCAAUUCGUUCGCAGCCAACACAUGGGGUCUCCCAGGCGGUCAUCUGGAAUUCGGCGAAACGUUUGAAGAGGGUGCAUCAAGGGAAGUCCUGGAAGAAACAGGCUUACAUAUUCCAGUGAAUGAGCUCAAGUUUUGGCAUGCUAGAAAUUUGGUGAUGAAGGAGGAGAAGACACAUUUUGUGUCGAUUUUUAUGGUGGGGAUUUGGGAUGGGAAAGGUGAUGGUCCGAGGGUGAUGGAGAAGGAGAAGUGUAGGGGAUGGAAGUGGGUUGGGUGGGAAGAGACGAAGAGGUGGGUGGAGGGUGGUGAGGGUGAUGAGGGUGGGAAGAAGUUAUUUCCGGGUAUGGGAGACUUGAUUGGAGAGUUGAAGGGGCUGGCUCCGAGGUUUUGA